AUGGUAGAAGUUAAUCUUUCUCGAUGGAUUCAAGAUCUAUCUAAUAUUUUAGAAGCAGACAAUGACGCAAGAACUCAAGCAGAAUCGGAAAUAUAUGAAGUUUUGCAAAAAAAUCCUUCAGCUGCAAUUACAUUUUGUGCAGAAACGAUUGGCAAAGAAGAUAUUCAAAGUUCGAUCAAAUUUCAAGCAUUUAACUUCAUGAAUAUUUAUUUUCGAAAGCAACAAUACAGUAAUGUAACUAAAUUUCACUUAUUAGAUCAAAACAUCAAAGAUAUUAUCCUAGAAGUCGGAUUAUACGGUUUACUCUUUGUAAAUGAUUCUCCAAUCCAACAAACAGCCUCCAUUUUACUUGCAAAUUAUUCCUCAAAAUUACGAGGUGUAGAAUUACAAAACGAAGUCCUAAACAGAAUAUUUACCACCUACAAAGAGAACUCCAACGAUCUACCAGGCCUAAUUAUUGCAAUUUCAUAUGCAAUUGGACAAAUAAUUAAUUUUUGCAAUUUAAUCGAUUCGAAGCAGAAAAUCGAAGUUCUCAAUCAAAUUCUACAAGAAUGUCUAAUCUACAUCUCUAACGAGAGCUCCGAAGAAUACAAUGUUUUACAAAUUGUCAAAUCCAUGGGAAUUUUCAUUAAAUAUUGUUCAGACGAUGUUGCAUCCAUAGAUUAUGUACAGAGCAUAUGCCAAAUCUAUAAUAAUUUGUUCCGUUACCAAUCAAUUGAAAUAAUAAUUUCAUGUUGUGAAAAUUUAUUUGAAUUAUUCAGAAUUAUUUAUCCCAGUAUUGAAAAUUUUUAUUUUUCUUUUGUCAGUUUCAUUGAUGAGUGUUUUAAAGUAGAUGAGUGUUAUUACCAUGCUUUAAAGUUAUUACACAGCAUGGUAAUAACAGAAGUUAAUCAAAGAUUGGAGUUUAGUAUUUCACAAGUUAUUUUUGAAACUUUUUUUUCGAAAUUUGGAGAAAUAUUAAAUUCAAUAACUAAUAUAGAAGAAGAUACAUUUACAGAAGAGACACCAAUGAAUGUAGUUACUGAUAUAAUAUCAUCUAUGUAUAAUAUCAAUAGCGAAGUCAUAUCAAAUUAUAUCCAACAAAAAUUUGAAGAAGGAAUUAAUUCAGGGAACUAUAGUUUAUGUUUUGGAUCGAUAUAUAUCUUAUAUUCACUCAUAAAUCAUCCACAAAUUGAAGUUUUGGACUUCAUUUAUGAUUGUAUUUUAAAAAUUUCUCAAAAUCAAGUAGUUAUUACACACAUUGGUACAUUAAUUGCUUCUUAUGAUUUAAUUGCUGUUAUUAUUGAUAAAUUAUAUGAUAUCUUUAAUCGUCAUGAAGAUUUUCCAGAAAUUAUCUUCAAUUUCAUUCAAAUUUGUUUAGAAAUGGAUUCUAGAGUCAUCAAAUCAGCAGCUUUGGUAGCAAUGAAUUUAGUUGAACUCUUAUAUCAUGCUAAAUAUAGAAUUGAUUUCCAGAAACUCCAGAAUUUCUAUACAUCGUUGUGGUCGAACCAAGAAGUGUUUGGACCUGUUCUUUGUUCGAAUUUUUUCGAAUCAUUUGGUUCAUUUUUAUAUCAUACAGAAAACAAUGAGUUAGCAACAGAAAUGCAGAAAAUGAUAACAGAGAAUAUAAAUGAGCGUAUGAAUAUUCUUGAAACAGCUCAAUAUGAAAAUGAAGAUAUAGAAUUUCAUAAAUUUGUAAUUAAUUGUUUGUUAGUUUGCUUGGAUAAGUCUGUAAGAAGAUAUAUUGGACCAAAUAAAGAGAAACCAAAUAAUGAUUUGUAUGAAUAUCAGAUAAAAACAGCUGUUAGAGCUUUAAAUCAUAGUUCUGAUUCUUUUAUGAUGGUAGCAAUCGAAUUCCUAGCAAAACUAAGCCAAAUCAACAUGAAUAGUGAUCAUAUAAGUUUAAUCUUGGAUCAUAUUGUUCCUGGACUUUCACAAGGAGAUAAAACAAAUUUUGACUACUCUGUGACCAUCAUCACUUCACUUUCCAAUAAUUUACAAAAAUCAUUUGACCAAUUUGCCUCACAAACGUUUUUGAUUGUAUUUGAGAGAAUACAGAAUGUAUGGAAUAUAAUAACACCAGAUUCACUUGGUUACGGACUUGUUUGUCUAGGAACUUUGAUGAUAAAUAAUUUUUCGGUUUUGGCGGAUUAUAUUAAUAAUAUGUAUGAUGUAAUAAAUCAUUGCGUGCUGAGAAUAAUAGAAUCAAUUUCUGAUGAAGAUAAAAACGAUUUUGGAAUCUAUUUUAGAGGAUUGAUAAAAGCAGAAACAGGAUUCUUGACUGCAAUAAAGGAAUGCAAUGUAGAUCGUGAUGAAGAAGUUUUAAAUGCGUACGUGUCGUUAAAGAAAAAAAUUUCAUCAUAUUAUAUUUUGAAAAUGCAGAAAUUUAUUGAUCCGGGUAUUUGGGUACCUGAUUUUAUUGAUUUGCUGUUUAGAAUGUAUGAUUUCGCUGUAAUUUACAGAUUUCCAAAAUAUAACGUUCAAUUUCAUUUGAAAAUUGUUGCAUUCGUCAAAGAAUACUUCGCAGAGAAUGAAAGAAAUAUAUCUGAAGUACAAAGAGUAUCAAUGCUCUUUGAUAGUUUUGCAUCUUUAUAA